GGUGAGAAGACUGCGGUUGGGGAAAGUGAGGCCGUCGACUCUGUGACGUCAGUACCAACGAGAGGCGGCCGAGAGUUGCGCGAGACCUGUGAAUGACACGCGCGUGAAGCACGAGGCGGGCCAAGGAAUCUGCCUCGUGCCAAAAACAUCUUUAUGUUAAUAACUCUCACCGUCUCUCUUUCUCUCGCUCUUUGUGCGCGUGGGUGUGCGUGUGUCUGUGUGUGUGUGCUUGUGCCUCUGUGUGUGUGUGUGAGUGCGCGCGCGUGCCUGUAUGUGUGUCCGUAUUUAAUAGCAUGACCGGCGUGCCCGCAAGGCCUAAUCGCACGGCAGCAGCAGCAGGCUGGAGUCUUGGAGUCUUGGAGUCGUGGAGGGGCUGGUCACGGGUCCUCGCCACUACCUCGGCAGUCGGAGCAGAGAUUUGGCGCCAGUGGCUACUGCACGGGUAGCGCCGUCAGAUCACAUCAGAUCUUUGCCCUUUGACCCCUUCACUGAUCCUGAUGUGCAGGCCAACUUUGCUGUGCUUUCAAUUUUGUUGUACUUAGUGUCCCGCUGGAGUCGACUGUUCUGGAACAAAAUAAUUCCCUGGAUUGUCCAGCUUCUUUGACUGAAGUUCUCUUUCUGUAGUAACCACUGCAGACAAUACUCAGGCUUCCUGUCGGCCAGAAGUACCAAGACAUCCUCGCGAUGACACUUGUGUCCCUGUCAGUAUGUCCAUAAAGUAUUGAGGAAACAUCAGGAACAGUUCAUCAGCCAUUGAAUUACAAUUUGGAGGCUCAAGUUUUUCUGAAAACUUUCUGCACUUCAUACUUUUGUGGAAAAAAACAAGUUUUGUACCUCCUCUACAAAGUGGACUGUGGGUGGGAGCAUUUGCACCAAAUAAAGAAACCGUGAAAUAUAAAGACCAAGUCCAUCAUGAGUAUCUUGGAGACGGAGGUGUCUUACCUCAGCACCCCUCUGCCAACCUUCAAUUUCACCUACGGCCACACUGUGGACAACCUUUCCGACUCCACCAGCGCCAGCAGCGACAGCACAGCCUCCCCGUGGGGCAUGUAUGGCCCGCUGGAACAGUACAUGCUGCUGUGGGUCAUGUUGGGCAUCAACAAGUACUAUUUGUGGGCUGUCUUCAUCAUCGGUUUCCCAGGCAACCUGCUUAGCCUCAUUACCAUCCUGCGCAUGCCGACUGUCAGCUCCUCCAAGAUGCACGUGGCAUUGCUGGCAGUCAUCGACAACUUUGCCAUCACCACCAAACUCCUCUACCACCAGCUGACUCUGUACAAUGUGCCGUUGUAUGAUGCUGGUUGCAGGGUGAUGCUGUUCUUCGGCAAUUUCUUCUCCAUCUUCGCGAGCUGGAUUCUGGUGGCCAUGACCGUGGAAAGGUUCAUCGCGGUUUGGUUUCCUCUGAAGGUCAACCGCAUCUACUCCAAGACCAAGGCCACACUGGUCCUCGUGUCAGUCACCAUGCUGACCUUCUGCUUCAACGCCGUGUACUUCUGGAUCAUCCACGAGGACCACAGGGGCUCCACCCGCAAGUGCCAGCCCAGGCCGCAGUUCCAGGACUUCAUGAAAUACUACUGGAACCUCGCCGAUGCGUUGGCCUACGCCAUCAUCCCUUGCGUGUUGGUCCUGCUGAGCAACACCCUCAUCAUCAUCAACGUGCAGAUGGCAUCGAAGACUCAGCGCCACCUGACCAACAAUUUCGACCAAUCAGCACGCCGGGUUCGCGACCAGCAGCAAAUCACCACCAUGCUGAUCGUCAUCUCCGUGGCUUUUCUUACACUCAUGCUUCCCAACAGCAUCUUCUACAUUGUGAAGGAUUAUUGGGUCUACGAAGCCAACACCUUUGGACAGUUGGAGCACGCGUUCGUCAAGCAGAUCAUCCACGUCUUGAGCGACCUCAACCACUCCAUCAACUUCUACCUCUACUUCUUAUCCAUGGCCACCUUUCGCAGGCGGUUCAAGGAUACCAUGUACUGCAGGAAGGCAAAAAAGAAGCAGAAAGGUUCCAACAGCAGCGUCUUCAAGACCUCUCACUCCUACAUAUCCUUCCACUCCACGCACAGCACCCUGAAGCAGCGCGGAGACCUUCAUCAGAGCCACAGCCUCACCAACGUCUCGGAUGUCAGCAGUGAACUCUAACGACCAUCUCACGAUGGCAUCCACCCCACCACGGUGUUUACGAUGGCAUGUGUAUGAAAACUUUCAAGUUCUCGGCUCAAUCAAUUUCUUCAAUCAUUUACUUUCUGGGAGGGUGCAAAUUUCUUGGUCUUGCUUGAUUUUUUCUUCAGAACAUUUCUCUCGCAUUCUUGGUGUAGCGUUCGGUCGACUUUAUAAUUCACGUGGGUGACAGUUAUUGUAGCUCUUACCACUCACUUUAGGGAACGUACACGUGACGUACAACGUUCACACGUCAGUCAGUUCAAGUCUCGCCACCCGGGUUAUGAGUCCCUAUACACGGUUACACAGCGGCACGUGCGGGGAGGAACCAUGCCACCUGCAGCCACCGAACCAACUCCACCUUAAAGCUAUUCUCCCGACUCCAGUCAUUUGGUGUGGGGACCACACACUUCAUUAUGUUCUCUUUUCCACUGAGGACUGUGACUUCUCUAUCUUCUUUACCUUCCUGACUCAAGUCUCGGCCUAGAAAAAAAGUCUCUUGACACAAACAUAUCUAUCUACAUAUAUAUACCUAGCGCGAAAGUGCAUAGCUUUAACCCUGCUCGCCUACAGGUGACGGUGUAUGAGGACAGGUGACAGGUAAGACUAAAGAUUAUUUCUCUCAUCCUGUCACGUGGCUCCACUGGACAGGUAGGACAAGCCUUCGGUUGUUCCCCGCUUCGAGACGCCUCGCACCUGUCCCCAAGUAGCGGUUCCAGCCAGGUGUACCCAGUUCACUCUUGGUUUUCUCUCUUUGUCUACCCUACAUAAGUACUCUAAAAGUUUGUACACGAGGCUCUUGUAACUACCUAAGUGGUCGCUGUCAGUAGACAAGUAGUCGGUUUUCAGUCUUAACUGCGGGAGAUAUUUCUGUCCUGCUAAGUCACCACAUAAGAGACUACAGUCAUGUUUUUGUGUAACCCAAAUGACAGUCCUGUAGGUCUAUUGUGUGAAAAAUAUAUAUCAGAUCCAGCUGAAUGUUUCUUUGUUAGUCACAUCCAAUUUUCUCUAUCACAGACACAGCUCAGGGUCUGAUAUGUAGCUUAUUCAUUUUUUGUAACUUUUCUCUUCAAAUAAAUAUUAUUUUGCUUAUACUUUAAUUAAAACUUGUCAGUUACUCCAUUUUUUCCUUGUAAAUAAAAAAAUUCUUGAAAUGGAAUUAAUGCCUAAUACUUUGCUUCAAACUUUUUCCUUCGGAAUAAAUGUAGUGGCUUUUGUCUAGUGAAAGAAAUCAGUAAAAUUCCUCGAGCUUCUUUUUGUCCCCUGCUACAGCACGUAAAGAAACAUCCAAGAGCUUUGUCUCCCCGACUGUGUCCCCGGGCGAGGUGAGGGAAUCGGAAUUGUGGGAUGUCUGCACCCACAGUCCUCUCACCUUCGGGCACAGGUCUAGUCUACAUUCUAUCAUAGCCAGUCUUUUAAUAUGAAGAGCUUAGACAGGAACAAGAACGAUGAGAUAUACUUUAACAAUCGUUUUUGCUGUGAAUCUUUCUCAUUUGUGCUUAUGUUGUCCAUAGUCUGACAAAUCCCCAAAUAAGAAGAUUCGUAGAAAAUAUUGCCAGUGUACUUGCCACAAUUUUUUAGCUCAAACCAUUGAACAAAUGCAGAGAGAUUUGACGAAGAAAAAGGUUUGCUACAUUAAUAAAAUCUGCAACUUCGUUGAAAAUAUUUAUUCAUCGAAUAUAGUGAGUUAUGAAAGUAAAGGUACAACAGGUAAUCAACCACCCAGCCCACCCCUUUAACUUGGUUGCAUAGCAACUAGAAAUAAAUCAAUCUUUUCUUAAAUUUGAUCACAGAUGAGCUUUUUUUAACUGAAGUUAUCUUGAAUCAACCAUUGUAUUCAUACAAUACCGAAUUUUUGGAUUAUUUAGACAUUAUUCAGUGUCAUGCUAUUUGCAAGACAAGGUUGUGUAAGUGCGCAUGCCCACUAACCGUAAAUGACACAAAAAACAGGGUUUGUAACAAAUGUCAGACAUAAAAUCCCAUUUUAUGUCAUCGUGGUAGCCUUUUUAGUGUAAAUCUGUUUAAUCAAUCUCUCUUUCUCUUCCUGACAUUUUUUCUAGAACAUGAGAUUCUGCACGCCACAGGAAGUGGUGUAUUUUUGAGGAUGCGCGCGCAUUAAGAAAGGUGGAGUUCAGGUUGUAGUUCCCAACUCCAGUGAAGCAAGUGAGAUGCCGCAGUGACUAACCCUAAACACUGGCCGUUGUUUAUGAGACUGGUAUCGAGAAGAACUAAACACUCAACAAACUAAUCAUCAUGGGAUGGUUUGAAGUUGAAGUUUUUUUCACUUUUGUCCGUUUCUCUGACUUUCGGGGACACAAAGAUGUUAACACUCGGUGACAUGAUAAGUUUCCAGUGUUCUUGACAUUUUUCCAAAAUAUUUCACUUAAAAUGAAGAGGUUGUAAGUUUACUGCGCCACACGGAUAUCGAACCGGGGCGCCUCCCGAUUGGGACACCUCAACCACUAUUCGCUUCCCCUUUGUACCCCAGGGUUUGCAUCAAUCUGCUCAGUGUCUGGGGUUAGGGUUAGCAUGACUGUAGCCUAAUGUGUGAAGGUGUGCAGGUGACGAGGACCGUUAGAUUAUCAGCCGACAUGCUUGUCUUCGCUUGUUUCCAGUCGCAGUUCCCCGAAAUGUUUCCACUCCAUAGCUAAGCUCCUUGGAUAAUGUUCUUGUUGCUGUAUGAUUGCUGUCCCAGUGGCUCACAGUACAUCUUGAUAUCUUGAUUAUAUGGGAUGUAUCUUAAAAUUGACAGUCUGUUGGCGAAUGAUCCUACCUUUGAUAGCAGUGGCAGUCAUCUUCAUCAAAUUAAUUUUCUUCAUCAUCAUUAUCAUCAUCAAAGUUGUCGCCGUCGAUGUACAACUGAUGACAUUACAAUCGCGCACCAACUGUGUCGAGACUCACAGCUGAUUGACAUUCAGACCAUUGUUGUAGAUAUGUUAAAUAUCUAAUGUUGUUUUGUUUUUACAGUUGCAAGGUGUGAUUUAGUCUGCAUUUCCAAUCCCUUAUUUUUCUUUCUUUUUUCUCGCUUUUUUUUCUCCAACACACAUUUUUACUCCUCUCUCUCUCUCAUUGAAAUCAAACAUAUAAAAUGAAAUUCUCUUUUAAUCCUCUCUCAUACACACUUUCUUUCCUCUCUUCUCAUCGUCUCCACCUCCUCUGUCAGUGUGUAGUUUUUGCGAUUAAAAUGAUCCCGUGUUUCCUUUCUCUCGUUCUGGGAUGUCUAUCUGUAUUCACACAUUGUUUGAUGAAGUGAUUUCAUUCUUCUGUGUCUGUCUGCUUCUACUUUAGCAAAAAGUUCUACUUGUUUAAAGUAUCGUGCUGUAUCAAUGAUUGCCUCCAUCCUGUAUGGUGAUGAUACGGUGCACUUUUGUGAUACACCUGGGAGAUCAUCUUGCAGCAGUACUCACCUGUAAGGUACAUGGGAGCGGUACACAUGUACUUAGAACUACAUCGGUGCACCUGUCUGUUAGGCUUGAGAACUGCAAGAAGAGGGUGGGAUGCUUCUCAGUGCACCCCGUGGUGCGGGGAUGCAAUGAUUUUACAGACAUGUGUUGGCAUGUGAUACUACCUACAUGUUGUUUUCUGUUAAUAAAUGUUGAGGAACUAACUCAUCUUUGACUGUUGUUCCUGAGUGUUGCUCCAUAGAACACUUCAACGGUUUGUGUGAUUUCUGAUGAUGUCUGUCCUCUCUACCACUGUCUUCUCAUUAUGUUGAUACUAUCACCCAUACUUGCA